CUUUAAACGCUUUGAAAAUUUGUAUUGGUCUUUCAAAAAUUACCAAAUGAAUUCUUCAAAAUAUCGACAUCCAAAGGAAACUUGCUCAUUAGAUACAUGGAACAAAUGGUUUGAGAACGAAAACAUACGUUUGCACGUGAUAUCUACAAUAGAUUACAACUGCUUUUGGCGUAAGCGUAACAGAAUAAUGCUAUUUCGCAUCCUCAACGAUUGGCCUUGGAAUAUACGGCACGACGACUAUUUUGAUCAAGAUUAUGAUUAUUUUAAUUUGAAUAAUUUAUUUUUUGAAACGGAUGGAGAUAUUUGGAAAACUUACUAUGAUGAAAGCUCUGAGGAUCUCUUUAGUCUAAAUCUUUUGUUCCGAAACUUUACUAUACGACCCGAGUGCGAUGACUGCUGUAUAAAUGAUUACGGUCCAUUUGAUUCAGAUUAUGAUCUAUGCAAUUUUUGUUAUUGCUGCAGAUAUUUACAAAAGUUUCACGAUGAUCAAACUUCAAAAACUUUAUAGUAUUAACAUAGUAAGAGCUGUAAGACAUUAAGAAGAAAUU